GUGAAAGAGAACUUCUUAAGGAACUACAGAGCAAUCGCUGUUCCUCAGCUGUUCUGAACUCUCGUUGCAACUACCAAGCUACCGUAGACGUUUUUAUUUGGUGACAGAAUGGCAUCAACAAGACUACAGAUUCUUGGCCUGUCCCUGGCAGUGUUUGGCUGGAUUGGAGCAAUUGUGUGUUGUGCAUUACCCAUAUGGAAGUUCACUGAAGGAAAAGUAGUGACCGUUCAGGCCAUCUGGGAAGGUCUGUGGAUGACCUGUGUAGUGGAUAACACAGGAAAUAUGGUAUGCGAUAUCCAUGAUUCAAUCUUGGAUGUGCCACAAGAUAUCCAGGUUGCCAGAGCUCUGACAAUCAUUGUCAUCAUAUUAGGCAUCUUAGGAAUCUUUGCUGCUGCUAUUGGAGGAAAAUGCACCAACUGUGUGGAGGAUAAGAACACCAAAGCCAAGAUUUGCAUAGUGGCAGGAAUUAUCUUUCUCAUCUCUGGUAUACUUUUGCUUAUCCCAGUCUCCUGGACUGCCAAUAGCAUUGUCCGAGAUUUCCACAAUUCAGAGAAGACUGACUUAAAUAAGAAGGAGCCAGGAGCUUCUCUGUUCAUUGGAUGGGCUGGUGCAGCUCUGCUUUUGAUUGGUGGGGCACUGCUGUGUUGUAACUGCCCAAAGAAAGAUGUCAGUUUUUCAGCCCGAUACAAUACCAACAAUCAGCUUUAGCCAAAAUGUCUGUAACCUGACUCCUGACACUAUCAACGGUCCAGUAAAAGGAAGACCUGAUGACAUUUUUCAUUUCACCGAUCCUUUAAACAUCUGAGAAAUAAUGACUGAGGUGCUUCAUUUUGCAACAGUAUUAGACUUGAUAAAAUCAUUCAUAAUGUUUGAAACAGUGUAAAUGAUACUGGAAACCAAAAAAAAAAAAAACAGUGACCAAUUUACAUAAUUCAGCUGAUAGCUUUAUGCUAAUCUGAAAUGCACCACUACCUUCAAGUCAAGUGCUGAAUUGUGAUCUGGCAGUGUCUUUGUUUUCCUUUCCACCUGCAUGUCUAAAAUGUGACCUCUUGCACAUAUCUGCUGACUUCUUUGCAGCUGUCUAGUUAUUAAAUACCACCACAGCAGUUCUUUUCUGAAAGCAAGAUGCUAUGCUUCAUUAAGGGUAUACUGAUUCUAUAGACUUUAUUAACUAGCUUGAGAGACCUUCCUGCCUCCCUUGUAUUUAAAUAAAAUGUGGGGCAUUGGGGUCAGUCUGAUCAUUAUAAAAACUGUAAGCAAACAAAGACAGAUUGAGUGCAGCUGGUGUUUAUUAGUAGGGCAAAGCAGAAGUUAUGCUGUUUUACCCCAGUCACUCCUUGGGGGAACAAAGGCUCAACAGAUAGGACAUUAUUGUCAUAUCAAAACUUCAUUAUUUGUAUGUGUUUAGUGUAGUACAUAGCAAAAGGAAAUUAUUUUGUUUUCCAUGGAGCAUGGGAUAAUAGAAAUGCUGGGUCAAAGGGUUAAGAGGGUUGUAUUACUCUCUCCUUCCCUGUAAUGUAACGGGAAUUUUUGAACACUACUAAGGUGUCCUACAUUAUGUUGAUGUCCCCACAUUUCUGGUUCUCUCUUCUGCUUUACAUAGCUCUGUUCUGUUGUCAUUCUGAAGUAUAUGCUAGGAGAUAGUCUGCACUGAUAAAAUUAGAUGGGGACUAGCUAAAUUAAUUUUAUCACCUUGAAAUUGAACUUUACUGAUUUAUCAUGUCAUUUCAUUUCAUAUAAGUGAUUUGUACUGCUUGUAACUCUUUCAACCAUCUUCUUACCUGUAAAGACCAGUAAAAUAAAUCUCUGUUUAUCCCAUUGUAAUAUGGAUGUCAACAAAACCGGUAAUUCAAUGUAUGCACUGCAAUUUGCAGGACUUUCAGAACUUUAACAUAUUGUUGUAAAUUGCAUUUGCUAUAUUUGUUGAAACAUAUUUUUCAUGUGUAGAAUUAAAACAGCCGUAAAUAAUGUCUUCUUUGUUGUUAUAAAAAGGUUAGUAAAAUGAGCACAUCUUCACAUUUGUUCAUAGACUCACUCAAAUGUUCCAAAACGUCUAAAUGUAAUAUGCUCUUUCUGAUAUAAAUAUUCAUUAAAGUAAGGUAAUCUACAUUUUGCUAAUAACUAUUAUAACUUUUAAUGAUUUGCAUAUAAUCAUACAAAAAACAUGCUGUACAUGGCUUUUAUUGGGCACAGGAAUCAUAAA